GGACAGACUCCCCGUCUCUCGUGACCGCUUCCUCGCCAGCGCACACGACCACCACGCCCUCGAGAGCUUCAGCAGGCAGUGACGACUGCGCCCACCGCGACAACCACCCAAAGGCGCCCACAGAGGCUAGCGACGACUGCAAGGCUCCUACCGUGGCCGAGACACGCGACGACCGCAGCGGGGAGGAUCGCCUGGACGACCACCACGAGCACGACCAGGUGGUGCGGCCUGUGUCGGCGCUCAUCGUGGUCGACGUCCAGAACGACUUCAUCUCCGGCUCGCUCGCCCUCAUCAACUGCCCCGCCGGACACCACGGCGAGGAGGUCAUCCCUCCUAUCAACCGCCUCCUGAGUGAAGUGAAGUUCGACAUGGUGGUUUACUCCCUGGACUGGCACCCUGAGGACCACGUGUCUUUUAUCGAUAACGUGAAGGAUAGACCGAUUCACCACACUAGUGAGAUAUCGAGCGAAGAGGCGCAGGUGAAUGACACUGUAAUCUUCGACGUGAAUAACGACGGGGUCCCGAUGGUGCAGAGGCUGUGGCCGAGACACUGCGUGCAGAAGUCGUGGGGCGCUCAGCUGCACGACGAACUCAAGAUCGUCGAGGACUCCGUGCUCGUGUACAAGGGCACGGAUCCCGAUACGGACUCCUACAGCGUCUUCUGGGACAACAACAAGAAGAGCCAGACUUCCCUCAACGAAGAACUGCAAAAGAGGAACAUUACCGAUGUUUACAUUUGCGGCAUCGCCUAUGACGUCUGCGUUUCCGCCACGACCGCGCACGCCAUAGAGGAGGGUUACCGCGCCCUCCUCAUCGACGACGGCUGCCGCGGCGUUUGCGACGCAGACAUCCAGGCCACGAAAGACAGAACCACGGCCAACAACGGCAUCGUCAUACAUUCGUCGCAGGUCAAAAGUUUGGUGAAUGGGAGAGACAGGCCUCCCGUGCUGGCUUACAAACUUGCUCUCGAAAUCGCCAAGAAAAUGAAGAAGAAAUAAUGGAACAAGAUCCUGGAUAACAACAAGAAAAUCGGAGAAAUAAAUAAUUGAAUUGCAUGAAAAAUAUCAACAAAGGGAUGUAAAAUGCUCUAUAUGUGACAAUACAGCGAGAUACAGAUGCAUUGUAUGCCAUUCGUAAUUGUAUUGCAAAUGUUGAAUUCGAUCUAUCCAUGAUUUUUCUUCCUUUCUGUUUCUUUUUAAUGUCUUUUUUUAUAUUUUGCCUUUUUUGGGGGUAAAUAUUUUCAACCAAGAAAUUCAUCGUCUUAUUUGUCUUCCUGUUUCCGAGUUAAUCUAAUUAUCUGCCUGCUUCUCUGUCUUACGGGAAAAAAUUAAUAACUUCGGAUUAAUAUCAAAAUGUAACUGAUUCUGCACUCUCGGUCUUUCAAUAAAAGUAUGUUCCUUUACUUCGUUUGUAAAUUCUAUUAUUGUGUAAGAGC